AUGGCGGACAGCGGUCGUGUUAAUGUCGUCUUUAUCGGCGCGGGCGCCGUGGGCUGCUUCUAUGCUUCCCGCCUCCAUCAUCCAUCCCACAAUGUCCAUGUGUCACUUGUAGCGCGCUCAAACUACGCCGCUAUACAGAAGGACGGCGUCAAGCUCCUCACCCGGACCUUUGGUGACUACACCUUCACUCCGGAUGGAGCCUUUCCCUCUGUUGAUGCCGCCGCCGCCGCUCCGGAGGAUGCGUCAGGGGCAAAGCGCGACUGGCACUACAUCUUUGUGACCACAAAGGCCCUCCCGGAUAUCAGCGAUGACUCGAGCAUCAUCACACCGCUGGUCGGACCCAAGUCGUGCAUCGUGCUCAUCCAGAACGGCGUCGGCGUCGAGGAGCCCUUCCGCAAGCGCUUCCCCGACACCCCCAUCGUCAGCGCCGUUACCGUCGUCAGCGCGGAGCAGACGUCGCCCGGCACCAUCCGGCAGAACCGCUGGACGCGCAUCAGCAUCGGCCCUUACACCGACGGUCUCGGUGCCGAAGACUCCGACCUCGGCCGCCGCGGCACCGAGUGCACCGAGGCCCUGCGCCGCUGGUGGACGGACCUGGGCGGCAUCCGCGACGUCGAGCCGCACGACGAGGUCGGGCUGCAGACGGUUCGGUGGCACAAGCUGUGCAUCAACUCUGCCAUGAACCCCUCGGCCGUUCUGUCUGGCGGACGGGGUAACGCUGACAUGGUGGCCGAUGAUGAGCUCCGACGACACCUCCUGGGGGUCAUGCACGAGAUCCGGGACGCGGUGCCGCGGAUCCUGGGACGGCCCUUCCCUGAGUAUAUGGCCGCUCCAGAGAAAAUUGUCGAGAGCACGGCGCGAAACAAGGGUGCCCGUCCAAGUAUGCUUCUCGACUGGGAAGCCGGCAAGCCCCUGGAGCUCGAGGUGAUUCUCGGGAACCCAGUGAGGAUCGCGAGGGAGAGGGGUGUUGAGAUGCCGAGGCUGCAGAGCCUCUACGCGCUUCUGAGGUCUGCUCAGGCCAUGAGGAAGGUGGCCAAGGGGAAGCUAUGA